UGGAUCAUUUUGGAUCAUUUUGGAUCAUUUUGGAUCAUUUUGGAUCAUUUUGGAUCAUUUAGGAUCAUUUUGGAUCAUUUUGGAUGUACCUGUCUCCGCAACUUAUCUACAGUUUAAAGACAGGUGUAAGCAACCUGUGGUGAAGUGCAGGAGCUGACAUACCCCAUUCCCUGCAGAAACACAAGCUGUUUGGAUCAGAGUUCAAACUAGUUUGAGUUCUGAGAAAGUGAAACUCAGUCUUUGCCACUGAGGGGUGAAAUGGCUCAGAAAGGAGUUCAGCUGGACCAGGAAGCCUUCUCUCGUUCCAUCUGUCUGGAUCUACUGAAGGAUCCGGUGACUAUUCCCUGUGGACACAGCUACUGCAUGAACUGUAUUAAAACCCACUGGGAUGAAGAGGAGGAGAAGAAAAUCCACAGCUGUCCUCAGUGUAGGCAGACCUUCACACUGAGGCCUGUCCUGGUGAAAAACACCAUGUUAGCAGUUUUAGUGGAGGAACUGAAGAAGACUGGACUCCAAGCUGCUCCUGCUGAUCACUGCUAUGCUGGACCUGAAGAUGUGGCUUGUGAUCUCUGCACUGGGAGAAAACUGAAAGCCCUCAAGUCCUGUCUAGUCUCUUACUGUUCGAAACACCUCCAGCCUCAUUAUGAUGUGGCUCCAUUAAAGAAACACAAGCUAGUGGAGCCCCUCAAGAAGCUCCAGGAGAACGUCUGCUCUCGUCAUGAUGAGGUGAUGAAGAUGCUCUGCCGUACUGAUCAGCAGAGUAUCUGUUAUCUCUGCUCUGUCGAUGAACAUAAAGGCCACGACACAGUCUCAGCUGCAGCAGAAAGGACUGAGAGGCAGAGAGAGCUUGAGGUGAGUCGACAAAACAUCCAGCAGAGAAUCCAGGACAGAGCGAAAGAUGUGAAGGUGCUUCAACAGGAGGUGGAGGCUAUCAAUCGCUCUGCUGAUGAAGCAGUGGAGGACAGUGAGAAGAUCUUCACCGAGCUGAUCUGUCUGAUGGAGAAAAGAAGGUCUCAUGUGAAGCAGCAGGUCAGAUCCCAGCAGGAAACUGAAGAGAGUCGAGUCAAAGAGCUUCAGGAGAAGCUGGAGCAGGAGAUCACUGAGCUGAAGAGGAAAGACGCUGAGCUGAAGCAGCUCUCACACACAGAGGAUCACAACCAGUUUCUACACAACUACCCCUCAGUGUCAGCACUCAGUGAAUCUACAGACUUAUCCAACAUCAACAUCUGUAGCAGUCACCAACAAAAAUAUCAGCAGAGCAGGAAGCAGAAAUGAAUGUGGGUUUGGACAGAAUGCUAAAUCUUGGGUGUUAGAUUGUGACAAUAAUACUUAUGAGUUUUGGCACAACAACAACAAUAAAGUCCAAAGUUGCAUCUCAGGUCCUCCUGGU